AUGGGUGAAAACUGUACUCAAACCCUAACCACUGCCUUUACUGGGGUUUUGGUCGCGAUAAAUGCCGUUUCUGGUAUUUUAUCAGUAACUGGCAACUCGAUUACACUACUGGCGUUGUACAGAACACCUUCCUUGAAGAAGAACACCUCAAACUUUCUUAUCGCGUCAUUAGCUUUUGCCGAUUUAACUAUGGGCCUGUUUGCCAACUCGCUGUAUGUGGCUCUUUGCGGUUUUGUGUCUCUUCAAGAAGUUCAAGAACUCAAGAACGCCGAAACCGCUGUUUGGUUGUUAACUACGACAGCUUCAACAUUUAACCUGUGCUUUGUAGCUGUUGAUCGCUACAUUGCCAUCCUUCACCCUUUACAUUACCGAGAGACAAUAACUAAAAAGCGAAUCUUGUGGGCGGCAAUUUGCAUGUGGGUUUUUGCCAUCUUGUUCUCCACCAUAAGCUUUUAUCUAGCUUACAACGACUUGCCAAAGCUUUGGAUAAUAGGAUCCAUUGUGACUUUCUUCCUUCCUUUAACAGUGCUUUUGUUCUGCUAUCUUCGCGUUUACAACGUGGCGAAGGCGCAGAAUUCUUGGUGGAAAAGGCACCGCACAGUCAAUCGCCCUGUUCGAGCUGCCGAAGAACUGAAACAUAGAAAAGCAGCUGUAACAUUUGCAAUCAUAACAGGCCUUUUUAUUGUUUUAUUUCUGCCAACACUAGUGGUAAACUUUCUUGCAAUACUAUUAAGAGGCCACUGUCACAGGCUUCGUAUUAACAUAGCGUGGUUCUGGGUUGCAGCAAUCUCUUAUUCUUCUUCAGCCAUAAAUCCUUGGAUUUACGCCGUUAGAAUGACUGAUUUUCGACAUGCAAUAAAACAGACAUUGUGUAGCAAGGGUGUAAACACCUCUCGCUCUGUGUAA